CAGGUACACAAUAUGGCGGCCAUUUAACUGUUUACCGACAGAAGACCAUUAAACAAUUUCGUGGAAAUAACCAAUCUACUGGACAAAAUGUAUUAUCUCACAUCUAAAUAAUUCAAUGAUCCAUCCUGAUAGAAAUGACAUCCUUAAUUAGCCCUGGCAUAAUGAACACUAACCAACAUCAUCAACAAGAUGUCCUUACUGACAAAUAUAAAGAUCUUCGAAGACCUCGAAAAAUCAACUUCUUUGUUAAUGGAGAUCGGUAUUUCAAAGGGAAGAAAAUGUUUGUCACACCCCAUCGAUAUUUUAAUUUUAAUGACCUUCUGAAUGAGCUUACUGGUAAAUUACCGUCUAAUCUGAACUUACCCUAUGGUGUUCGUCAAAUUUAUGAUAAAGAUGGUGGUCAAAGAAUAACAGACAUUGAAGACUUACAAGAUGGACAAUCAUAUGUCUUGGCAGGUUUUGAAGGUUACAAGUGUAUCAAAUAUGGCAGUGCAGAUAUGGAAUUAUGGUCUGUUGGUAAACCACUUAAAAAUCCUCAUCUUGAUUUUAAUGGGGAUCCCCAGGACAGUUACAAAUAUCAAGGUUAUUCCAAUAAUGCAUUUGCUCCAGGCCGUUAUUUUCGCACAAAUGGAUCAUAUGCAACAAAGAGAUGGCCGGGAAAACUGGGCAUAUCAUCAAAAAAUUUAUCAAAUUCUGAAAACUAUGCCAGUAAACCUAAAGUUAUUACUAUUGUUCGAAAUGGUGCCUCUCGGAAUAAUGUGAAAAUUCUUCUCAAUCGUAGAAGUGUUCAAUCUUAUGAACAGCUAAUGAGUGAUAUUUCGGAAGCCUUUACAGCUAAAGGCCGACAGCAGGGAAUUAAAAAACUGUAUACCAUAAGAGGAAAGCAAGUGCAAAGUGUAUCCGACUUUUUUCGUCACGAUAAUGUGUUCAUUGGGUUUGGUGAGGAGACUUUUACUGACACAGAGGUCAGGCAAAUUGUUGAAGACUUCUAUCCUGAUAGCGCACAGAUUAAAAGUAUAAUGAAGAGUUGGGACAAAUACCAGAAGUUAAGACAAGCAAAAGCAGAAGUGGUUCAACCGGGAACGGAUAAACGAGACAGUGGCUUUGUAGAUUCUUACCGAGACUCAGAUUCUAAUAUACAUGAUUUAAGUAGCAGACACAGUAAGGAUACAACACAGGAUAACCAAAAUGCCUUUUAUUCACCAUCUAAAGCUGGUGUCCAGGAGUCGAAGCAGCGAAGAAGAAUGGAAAAGAUGCGUGAAUCAGAGAAAAGAGCAUUGGAUGAAGAAAAAAGAAAACAAGGGCUAGUGCCAUUAGAACAUUUGGAUCCGGUUAAAGCUAAAGAAGAUGCUAAACGACGAAGAAAAGAAGAAAGUCGGCGAUUAAAAGAACAAGCAGAAGAAAGAAGAAAGCAAGAUCACAUCAAGAAAGAGCAGGAAGAAAGACGGUUAAAACUUGAAGAGGAGGAAAAUCGCAUGAAGGCUGAAAAAGCAGAGAGAAAGCGACAAGAGGAGGCUCAAAGAGAAGCAUUGAAAAAAGAGAAAGAAGAAAAAGAGAAUAAAGAAGAGCAAGAGAAAGCCAUACCAGAAAUAGAAAAACAACCAACAAAGAAAGAAUCAGAUAUUGAGACAACAGACAGCAUUGACCAAACGAACACAAAAUUAUUGGCUAAAGAAAACAAAGAUCCAAAAGAAAAUAAAGAUCCAAAAGAAAACAAAGAUCCAAAAGAAAACAAAGAUCCAAAAGAAAUUAAAGAUUCAAAGGAAACUAAAGAUUCAAAGGAAACUAAAGACUCAAAAGAGAUAAAGGAAAAAUCCGAAACUGAUAAAAAUGAUGUUAAAGAGAAAAAAGAUCAAGAAAAAACAGUGGAAAAAAUGAAAGAGAACGAAAAAGAGAGACCAACUCGUAGAUCCAAGAUCAAGGUUAUCAGAAGACAAAAAUUUGAACGCCAAGUUAGUAAAGAUGAAUAUGUGACCUCAAAAUAUGAACUAGGAAGAAUAUUAGGGGAUGGGAAUUUCGCUGUUGUUAAACAAAGUAAAUUGAAAAGUACGGGUCAAGAAUUUGGAAUUAAAGUUAUUGAUAAAAGUAAAUUAAAAGGAAAAGAACAUAUGGUGGAAAAUGAAAUUGACAUCAUGAAGGAAUGUAAUCAUUAUAAUAUUGUUAAAUUAUACGAAGAAUUUGAAACUAAAGAUAGAAUUUAUUUAGUCAUGGAACUGGUAAAGGGAGGUGAUUUAUUUGAUGCCAUCACACAGAGUGUUAAGUUUAAUGAAAUAGAUGCUUCCAAAAUGGUGAAAGAUUUAUGUAAUGCCCUGUUUUAUCUUCAUUCUCGAAACAUUGUACAUAGAGAUUUAAAACCGGAAAAUUUAUUAGUUCAUAGGAGUAAAAAUGGUGCCAUAUCUUUAAAACUAGCUGAUUUUGGAUUAGCUAUGGAAGUACAGGAUUUAAUUUAUACUGUUUGUGGAACACCUACUUAUGUGGCACCAGAAAUACUGUCUGAGAUAGGUUAUAGUUUAGAAGUAGAUAUGUGGGCAGUAGGUGUUAUUAUGUAUAUAUUAUUGUGUGGAUUUCCACCAUUUCGUAGUCCUGACAGAAAUCAAACAGAAUUGUUUAAUUUAAUCAAAGCUGGAGAAUAUGAGUUUAUAAGUCCUUACUGGGAUAAUACAUCAAAUUUUGCCAAAAAUUUGAUAGAACAUCUAUUAGUUGUUGAUAGAGCUAAGAGGUAUUCUUCUAUUGAUGUCAUCAGUCAUCCAUGGGUCAUGUACGGUGGGGACAUGAAAGCCAUACCUGAUAAUCACACCAUUGAAAAAGAAAGACGAGAGCGUGUUCAAGAAAUGGAAAAACAAGCUCUAAUUAAUUUUGACAGUUUUCAAAAAGCAAAGGAAAAAAGACACAAACAUCUUGAAGAAUAAUGAAGGUUGCUGUUCUAAAAAUUAAAAUAUGAUUUGACUUUGAACUGGUGCAAAAUAAAAGUAUUGUUAGCUUUGCUUGUGUGUGUGGUAUACUGAAUACCACUGUGAUUAGCGAUUAACAGGAAAAUGAUUGAAAAUUUCUUGGAUUAAAUUGAAUUUGUGUUAAUGUGAUCAGUAUUGUGCUCAAAGGAAUAAUGAAUUCUAGAGGAGGACCACCAUUUUAAAAAGAAAGUGGUGAUACGAUUCAUGAAUAAAUCAUAUUAGGUAGACAUAGCUGGUUAUUUGUCAUAUAUAUUAGGCAUAAACAGCUAGUUAUAUGCUAUUGCUGUCCUAGAUGUGCAUACAUGUACAUGUACUGAAAUAACUAGACCUGGCUCAGUUUCCAUUUACCAGGACACUACCAGAAUCUUAGCUGAACUGUAUUUGAUCUGGGAUCGAGACUACUUCAUGUUGUUGGGCCGGUUAUGGUUCACACUAACACCAAUUUUGUGGAAUGGUUCCAGUUCAAUGCUGAGUUCAGUUUGAUUUUCGUAGGGUAAAUGGCAUCAUGGUUAUAUCUGACAGAGCCUGUUUAAGUAAACUGUCAUGUGUUGGCCAACCAUAUAUUGAUUUUGGUGAGUAACUUGUAUAAAAGUUUGCCUCACCAAGGUAUAUACCAAUAUUGAUUUUAGUGCUUGUACAAAACUUUAUUCUCAGUGUAAUGGGAUAGAAAAACAAACAAAAAAGAUAUGGAAAUCAAAAUUGCUUUUGGAUCACAACAUUUUAUAAAGAAUUUUUUGGACAGAAUGACCUUUAGAAACUCCUGUAGAUUCCAUUAGUUGUCUAACAACACCCCAAAGUCACUGUCUCAAAGUGUAGUUUCAGAUAUGUUUAUGUAGAUCUAUUUACCAGUAUUUGUAUUAUAAUUUCUUUCCCAAAUAUCUGUGAUAAUAUUGUAUAUAUAAUUUUUAUAUUGUUAUUAUGUUGAUGUUUUAUAUUAAGGAUACAGGGACAUGUAUUGACCAUAUUCUAAUAUAAAUCUUGAUGUUAUUAACAUAAAGUAAGUCACAUGCUAUAAUUCUGUCAAUUUCAAUGUUUGAUGUGUAAAAUUGACAUUUACAUGUAUUGAUUGUUGGCAUAGGUAUAAUAAUUAUAUAUUUAUGUGACUGUGUUAAUAUCAUUUUAAAGGCUUUUAUAUUGAACUGUGAUAUCAAUUUUGUUAAAUUAUUGUAUUGUUAAAAGUAUGAUUUAAGUAUUAAUUUUACUUAUGUGGUUCUUGUUAAAAUAAUGCCUGUUAUAGAUUGCUAUAGAUUAAUUACAGAGUAUCAAGUAUUUUAGGAUUAUUUCUUGAAAUUGAAAGUCAAAUAUAAAUUUUGGGUUGUUUUUUCUUGGGGGGGGGGGGGGUGCGGGGGGAUGAAAACCUGAUUUUAUAGUGUAAUUCAGCUGAAUUUACUACCGGGUAUUUCUUUUUGUUUUAUUUUCAGUUGUUUACUUUGCUGCACAGAUUGUGAUUAGUUGACUCCAGAUCAACCUACCAAUCAAAACCAGCGAUACAGAAAGUACCAUCAAUGGCCUUUUUAAAAUUGUACUGUUGUCACAUGUUUAGAAUGCACAUUUCGGUUGAUGGUAAUUGUGUGUCCGUCUGAUAUUAAUCAGAUUGACUAUCCAGUAUUCUCACAUGGACUGUGUCUUUUAUUGGGCCAAUCAGAUGUGUCCUGUCCAAUGUGUUCAGUAUAAGCAAUUCAGGAAAAGCUUUCAGAUACUAGUUCAACAGAUCCGUCCAUUUUUAAUUUAUUAACAUAUUCAUUUUAGAAUAUUCAAUAUUUUGUUAUUGUUGACUAUUAUUUUAGUAAAUGUAUUUUGUGUUUGUUCCAUCCAGUGUAUACUGUAUAACAUUCCGUCCUAUUUUAAGUACCAACAUUCUAUCAUAUAAAGAGUAAUUAUAUACAUUCAUAUUUAUAUCAUAUAAUUAGUUUUCUUAUAAGUGUUGUAAAUAAAAUCUAGUAAUAUUUGUUUAUCUAUUCUAUAUUUCUAUUAUAAAAUCACUGAAAGGUUAUACAAGAAUAGUGGUAAGGGUUUUAUUAUAAAAAUUUAUUUACUUUAUUGAUAAAAGUGCAAGGUGUAUAUUAAGUAUAAUUAUAUAAGUAAAUUGAAUUACUCAUGCCAUAUCCUAAUAUAUAUUUAAUAUAUACUGCUGAUUAGU